GUCCCUCCCUCCCUUCCUUCCUUCUUUCCCUCCUUCCCUCUCGCCGCUCGCUGGCGGCUGGCAAAACCUGCCCGCAGCACGAAGGGCGCUGGCACAAGCCGGGAACGAGCCCGCCGGAGGCGCCGCGCUCUGCCCAGGUACCCCGGCCCUGUCCGAGGAUCCGCGUUUCCUCCCCUGCUACUCCUCUUCUACCUUUUCCUCCUCUUCUUCUUUCCUCCUCUUCUGCCCGAUCCUCUCCCUUUCCCCCGCCCCUCCGCAGAGCGGCCGCGGGCGCAGCCCCCCGACGCCGCCGCGGGCCGGGAGGUGCUCGGCGGGGCCAGGGAGGGAGUGGCCGGGCAUCUCCCGGCAGGGAAACGGGGUCUGGGGCUGGCAGCCUGUCUGUGCGUGUGUGCGCCGGGGGGGAGGGAGGCAUGGGGGCCGGGGGGUGCCGGAGGAGGGACUAUGGGGAGAGGAAGGUAUAAGAAGGGAUGCGGGCAAGGGAGGGGGGUGAUGGAAAGAGGGGGUGCGGGGCCCAGGGGCAGGCGCUGACAGCUGCUUUCCCCGCACCCACAGUCCCCUCCCCCGGUGCCGCCGUGGGGUGGGACUCCCCGGCGGGCCGCGGUCUCCCGUCCCGCUCGCCACCGGGGGUCGGUGCUGGGGCGGGCGUGCCGGGGUGGGCGGGCUCCGCCACCCGACGGCGCGUCCCGGACGCUGCCCCGCAGCCGGCGGGUGGGCAGCGGCACCCCCGGGACGAUGCCGCGGCUCGGCGGGGGCCGGCCGGCCGCCCCGCGCCUCUGCCCGGCCUCCGCCGCCGUCCUGCUGGGCGUCCUGUGCCUGCCCGGGGCGCCGGCCUCCUCCCUGCUCACAGGAUCGGUUGCAAAAUGUGAAAAUGAAGGGGAAAUUUUGCAGAUACCUUUUAUCACAGACAACCCCUGUAUAAUGUGUGUUUGCCUGAAUAAGGAAGUGACGUGCAAAAGGGAGAAGUGUCCAGUGCUCUCCAAGGACUGUGCUCUCGUCAUUAAGCAGAGAGGAGCUUGCUGUGAGCGUUGCAAAGAUUGCAGUUUUGAAGGAAAUACUUACAACAGCUCCAUGAAAUGGCACCUCCCCAGCAAUCCCUGUGUUACAUACCAGUGCCAGGAAGGAGUGAUAGUAGAAUCAGAAGUACAAUGUGUUGUUCAUUGCAAAAACCCUUCCAAACUCAGGGGAAUGUGUUGUCCUGUGUGUCCAGGUUGUGUAUUUGAAGGGAAACUUUACAAUGAAGGAGAAGAAUUUAGGCCUGAAGGAAAUAAAUGUACCAAGUGCUCUUGUAUUGGUGGCAGGACACAGUGUAUCCAAGAAGUCUGCCCCAUUCUUUCAUGUCCCCAGCACCUCAGUCACAUUCCUGCUGGACAGUGUUGCCCCAAAUGCUUAGGACAGAGGAAAGUGUUUGACCUCCCAUUUGGAAGCUGCCUCUUUCACAGCAACGUGUAUGAUAAUGGUUCCUCAUUUAUGUAUGACAACUGCACAGUGUGUACAUGCAAGGAUUCAACAGUGAUAUGUAAGAAGAGGUGCUUACUUCCUGGUGAAUGCAAUAAAAACAAAGACCACUGCUGCAAAGAGUGUGUUUCAUACAUCUCUCCUGAGGAGGUGAAAGUGUGCAAGUUUGGCAAUAAGAUCUUCCAGGAGGGAGAGAUGUGGUCCUCUGUGAACUGCACCAUCUGUGCUUGUGUGAAAGGCAAGACAGAGUGUCGCAAGAAACAGUGCAUUCCAGUCAGCAGCUGUCCUCAUGGUAAAAUCCUGAACAGAAAAGGAUGCUGUCCGAUUUGCACUGAAAAGCCUGGAGUUUGCACUGUAUUUGGAGAUCCUCACUACAACACUUUUGAUGGACGGACAUUUAACUUUCAGGGAACAUGUCAGUACGUUUUGACGAAAGACUGCUCCUCCUCUGCCUCACCCUUUCAGGUGCUGGUAAAAAACGAUGCCCGUCGGACCCGUUCUUUCUCCUGGACAAAGUCAGUGGACCUUGUGUUGGGCAGAAGCACAAUCAGCCUCCAGCAGCACCUCACAGUGAAGUGGAAUGGGACCCGAAUUUCACUACCUUGCGAGACACCGCAAUUUCACAUCGAUUUGGAUGGUUAUUUGCUGAAAGUGACAACCAAAGCAGGCUUGGAAAUCUCGUGGGAUGGAGACAGUUUUGUGGAAGUCAUGGCCGCACCUCAUCUGAAAGGCAAACUCUGUGGUUUGUGUGGCAAUUACAAUGGGCACAAGCGAGAUGACCUGAUUGGGGGGGAUGGGAAUUUUAAGUUUGAUGUGGAUGACUUCGCUGAAUCCUGGCGUGUGGAGUCCAAUGAGUUCUGCAGCCGCCCGCAGAGGAAACCUGUACCCGAGCUCUGUCAUGGGACAGUCAGGGUGAAGCUCCGAGCUCAUCGGGAAUGCCAGAAACUCAAAGCAUGGGAGUUCCAGAGCUGUCAUUCAACAGUGGAUUAUACCACCUUUUACCGGUCCUGUGUGACAGACAUGUGUGAGUGUCCGAUCCAUAAAAACUGCUACUGUGAGUCCUUCCUGGCAUACGCCCGAGCCUGUCAGAGGGAAGGGCUGAAAGUCCAGUGGGUGCCGGAGCACAACUGCGCAGCAACCCAGUGUAAACACGGUGCAGUUUAUGAUACCUGUGGUCCGGGAUGUGUCAAAACAUGUGACAACUGGAAUGAAAUUGGACCAUGCAACAAGCCCUGCAUUGCAGGGUGUCAUUGCCCUGCAAAUUUAGUUCUUCACAGAGGAAGAUGCAUCAAACCAGUCCUGUGCCCACAGCGGUGACAUUCAUUCUCUUUCCAUGGACACCAGUGCGGGUGGUCACUGACUCCCCUGAGCUCACAGCCAGUGAAGGACUCCAGCUGUUUGUGUGCAGAUUCUGCAAAGUACAUGUCUACUCACAGAGUGUAAAUAUGCUCCUCUCUGUCUAUUUGUGUGUCUCUAAGUACACACAUGAGGCACCUAGAAAGAUAUAUAAAUGUAUACUGUGUGUAUUUGGACACACGUGUCCAUACACAAGUGCCCUAAACGUAAGUACAACCCAUAUAUUUAUAUAUAUGUCCACACGCAAAUAUACAUAAUUUCUAUAUACCAUAGAAGGAUGAAUUAUAAUAUGUAUAUUUUUUGCUAUAAAGUUUAUGUAUUAUUAUUUCUAGGACCCUGAUCUGUAAGUCAUUGUAUAAAUAAACCAGGUGUUUUUAAUAUAA